AAACCAAACCAGAGCAAAGGAGGCAGGCUCAGUCUUCCGGCCUUCACCCCAGCUAACAUUUCCCACGGAGAGAGAGAGAGAGAGAGAUAGGGAGCGCGGGAGAUGUCGAAUCUGCUGAAGGAUUUCGAUGUGGACCACAAGAAUCCGUCGCUCGAGGCGCGGCGGAGAUGGAGGUCAUCCGUCUCCAUCGUCAAGAACCGAGCUCGUCGCUUCCGUAAUAUCCCCGAUCUCGAUAAGCGCGCCGAGUUCGAGAAGAAGAGAAGCCAGAUCCAGGAAAAGAUACGGGUUGCCUUCUAUGUUCAAAAGGCUGCUCUACAGUUCAUUGAUGCUGGUGCUCGGCCUGAGUAUAAGCUCACUGAUGAGGUCAAACAAGCCGGCUUUGGUAUCGAACCAGACGAACUUGCAUCUAUUGUUCGCAAUCAUGACACCAAGAGCUUGACUAGCAAUGGAGGUGUCGAAGGAAUUGCGGAGAGAGUGUCUGUAUCUCUCACUGAAGGCGUCCGCUCGAGUGAUCUAUCCAGCAGGCAAAAAAUCUAUGGAGAAAAUCGUUUUGCAGAGAAACCGGCUAGGUCAUUUCUAAUGUUUGUUUGGGAGGCGCUUCAAGACAUAACACUUAUCAUUCUUAUGGUAUGCGCUGCAGUAUCAAUAGGAGUGGGAGUUGCCACCGAAGGAUUUCCAAAGGGCAUGUAUGAUGGGAUGGGGAUAUUUCUAAGUAUAAUCUUGGUGGUCAUGGUUACUGCUAUCAGUGACUACAAACAAUCUUUGCAAUUCAGAGAUUUGGACAGGGAGAAGAAGAAGAUUAUUAUUCAGGUCACCAGGGACGGGCAUAGACAAGAAGUCUCCAUUGAUGACUUGGUUGUCGGAGAUGUGGUUCAUUUAUCUAUCGGAGAUCGAGUUCCUGCUGAUGGGAUCUUCAUUUCUGGAUACAACUUGGAGAUAGACGAAUCAAGCUUAUCAGGGGAGAGUGAGCCAUCACACGUGAAUAAAGUUAAGCCCUUUUUGCUUUCGGGAACCAAAGUUCAAAAUGGUUCUGCAAAGAUGCUGGUGACAACUGUGGGUAUGAGAACCGAGUGGGGAAAGUUGAUGGAAACCUUAAGCGAGGGUGGAGAAGACGAGACCCCUCUGCAAGUGAAGCUAAAUGGAGUUGCCACUAUCAUCGGUAAAAUUGGUUUAAGCUUUGCAGUGCUUACCUUUGUGGUUCUGUGUGUAAGGUUUGUAGUGCAGAAAGCCAGAGAAGGUGACUUGAUGAAAUGGUCAUCAGAAGAUGCGUUGACUCUACUCGAUUACUUUGCAAUUGCUGUAACUAUUAUCGUUGUGGCUGUACCCGAGGGCUUACCAUUGGCCGUGACAUUGAGUCUGGCAUUUGCUAUGAAGAAGUUGAUGAGUGACAGGGCACUUGUGAGGCAUCUGGCUGCCUGUGAGACAAUGGGUUCUGCUACUUGCAUCUGCACCGAUAAGACGGGGACAUUAACCACUAACCACAUGGUUGUCAACAAAGUUUGGGUAUGCGAAAAUAUUCAGGCAAGGCAGGAAGCUUCCGGAAAUGUCUUUGAGUUGGAACUAUCUGAACAAGUUCAGUGCGUCCUCUUGCAGGCCAUAUUUCAGAACACUGGUUCUGAAGUUGUUACGGAUAAGGAGGGAAACACUCAAAUCCUAGGAUCGCCAACAGAAAGAGCAAUACUAGAAUUUGGUUUGCUUUUGGGCGGUGACUUUCACUCGCAACGAAGGGAACAUAAGAUACUUAAGAUCGAGCCUUUUAACUCGGACAAGAAGAAAAUGUCUGUUCUUACAGCUCCUCCCGAAGGCGGUGUACGAGCUUUCUGCAAAGGUGCAUCAGAAAUAGUAUUAAGAAUGUGUGAGAAGGUUGUGGAUUCGAGUGGAGAGCCUAUCCCGCUAUCCGAAGAACAAGUUAGGAAAAUCUCUGGUGUCAUAGAGGGAUUUGCCUCGGAGGCUCUGAGGACUCUCUGCUUGGCUUACAAAGAUCUAGACGAAGCUCCAAGUGGGGAUAUCCCUGAAGGUGGCUACACACUGGUUGCAAUCGUCGGGAUCAAGGACCCAGUUCGUCCGGGUGUGAGGGAAGCAGUUCAGACCUGUCAGGCUGCUGGAAUCACGGUUCGUAUGGUGACUGGUGACAACAUAAGCACGGCAAAAGCAAUUGCAAAAGAAUGUGGCAUACUUACCGAGGGUGGUUUAGCCAUGGAAGGUUCAGAGUUCCGGAAUUUGCCUCCUCACGAAAUGAGGGCCAUUGUACCGAAAAUUCAGGUGAUGGCUCGAUCCUUGCCACUGGACAAACAUACUUUGGUAAACAACUUGAGGAAAAUCGGAGAGGUUGUUGCCGUGACUGGUGAUGGGACAAAUGAUGCGCCUGCAUUGCACGAGGCAGAUAUCGGGCUUGCAAUGGGCAUAGCUGGAACAGAGGUCGCGAAAGAGAAUGCAGAUGUUAUCAUAAUGGACGAUAACUUCACGACGAUAGUUAACGUUGCCAGAUGGGGACGUGCAGUGUACAUAAACAUUCAGAAGUUUGUGCAGUUCCAGCUGACCGUCAACGUCGUGGCUCUGAUCAUCAACUUCGUCUCUGCUUGCAUCACAGGAUCUGCCCCUCUCACGGCGGUGCAGCUUCUAUGGGUCAACAUGAUAAUGGACACUCUCGGGGCACUGGCUCUUGCCACGGAACCGCCGAACGAUGGAUUGAUGAAGCGUCCUCCGAUAGCCAGAACAGCGAGCUUCAUCACCAAGGCGAUGUGGAGAAACAUCAUCGGUCAGGGCAUCUAUCAGAUGAUUAUCCUCGGCGUCCUAAACUUUUCAGGCAAGAAGCUUCUCAAACUCGACGGCCCAGAUUCCACAGCCGUCCUCAACACCGUUAUCUUCAACUCCUUCGUCUUUUGCCAGGUGUUCAAUGAGGUAAACAGCCGGGAAAUAGAGAAGAUAAACGUGUUCAAAGGGAUGUUUAAAAGCUGGGUGUUCACAGGAGUAAUGGCCGCAACUGUAACGUUCCAAGUGAUCAUAGUGGAGUUGCUGGGGACAUUUGCAAGCACAGUUCCUCUAAGCUGGGAGCUGUGGUUGCUCUGUGUCUUGCUCGGAGCCUUCAGCAUGGUCGUAGCCGUCUUCCUCAAACUCAUCCCGGUCGACUCCAACCGCCGUCCCAGCCGCAGCCACGACGGCUACGAGCCACUCCCCUCAGGCCCCCCCUCCGCUUAAUAACCAACGGUCCCGUAUAAUAAAAUUUUUGUUAUCCGACCAGCGAUCACGUGACAUGUAAAGCAGGAUCUAACACGGGCAUACGUUUACGUUGUCUUUUUCAUUUUGGGGUGUGGAUUUGGUUUAAUUUUGAGACUUGUUGCGAAUUAUGCACGUAAUAUUUUUUUUUUAAUUUCUUCACUAACUCAUGAAAUUGUAAACGUUUGUGUUCUUUUUUUCCCACAUCGUUUUCGUUCCUA